AUGGCAUAUACCAGACAAAGGUCUAAAAAGUCAACUGAUUCAAAUGAAUCGUUUACAACAAAAAUUAAGGACAUAUUAGCAUGUAAAAAUAUAACUAUUAGACGUAAAAUAAAUAAUUCUGACAAUUUCCCAACUACAAAUAAAGAUUCUAAAAAUACUACUUCUAAGAAUAAUAAAAUGAAAAAACAAAAACAAAAAAAAGGAAAAGGAAAAGAAAAAGAAAAGGAAAAAUUAUUAUUAGAUACAGAAUUCUCGCCUCUUUCAAACUUAAAAACAGAUUCUAGCGAUACAAGUGAAAAAAAUGAUGAUGCUAUAAAUGAUUACCAGAAUAAAAUUGAUUACUGUGACACUAAAAAAGUUAAUAAUGUUAAGAAGAAUAGUAGAGGGAAAAGUAAGAAAAAAGUUGAAGAGAAUUUUGAUAAAAAUUGUACUGAAGAUUUGCAUGUUAAUUCAAAGUUACUUUCUCAAAUUAGUAUCUUAGAAGAGUUGAAUAACAGUAUGGAUAAUUUGGAGAAAAUUAAAAUGUAUAUUAAUGGGCCAUUUAUUGAAGCUAUAAUGCAAACCAAAGAUGAGGAAACAAUAAAAUAUUAUUGUGAAGAGCUAUAUCUAUACUGUAAUUCGAUAAAUUUAAAUAAAUAA